CCGUCCCCAUCCCCCUUCCCUCUCCGUCCCCUCCCCUCCCCUCCCCCCGCCAUGGCGCGGACCGAGGCGGCGGCGGCCGGAGCCAGAGCCAGAGCCCGGGGCCGGGCCGGGGCCGGGGCCGGGCCCCCCCGGAGGUGGUGCCGGCCAUGAUUUCGUGAGGAGAGGACCAGUUGCUGAGGUCUCCACCAUGGCCCCAGGAUCUUCUUCAUCAUCAUCUCCUCCAUCUCCAGCCCUGCCCCUCCUUCUCCUCCUGUGGGCUGGGGCCCCCUCCUCCACUGGGCAGCCCUGCCCAGGCCGCUGCAUCUGCCAAAAUGUAUCCCCAACUCUGACCAUGCUGUGUGCCAAGACUGGUCUGCUUUUCGUCCCGCCGGCCAUCGACCGCCGGGUAGUGGAGUUACGCCUGACUGACAACUUCAUCGCCGCCGUGCGCCGCAGGGACUUCGCCAACAUGACCAGCCUGGUCCACCUCACCCUGUCCCGCAACACCAUCGGCCAAGUGGCCCCUGGUGCCUUUGCCGACCUGCGGACCCUACGCGCCCUCCACUUGGACAGCAAUCGCCUCGGGGAGGUGCGGGGCGACCACCUGCGCGGCUUGGUGAAUCUGAGACAUCUCAUCCUGGGCAACAACCAGAUCCGUUGGGUGGAGCCGGCCGCCUUCGAUGCCUUUCUGGGAACCGUGGAAGACCUGGACCUGUCUUACAACAACUUGGAGUCGCUGCCCUGGGAGGCCGUGGGCCAGAUGGUCAACCUCAACACCCUCACCCUGGACCACAACCUCAUUGACCACAUCGCCGAGGGCACCUUUGUGCAGCUGCACAAACUGGUCCGGCUGGACAUGACCUCCAACCGGCUGCAUAAGCUGCCCCCCGACGGGCUCUUCCUGCGCGCCCAGGCCUCAGGGCCCAAGCCACCGUCCACGCUGACCGUCAGCUUUGGGGGGAAUCCUCUGCACUGCAACUGUGAGCUCCUCUGGCUGAGGAGGCUGACCCGGGAGGAUGACCUGGAGACGUGUGCCACACCCGAGCACCUGACGGACCGCUACUUCUGGUCCAUCCCGGAGGAGGAGUUUCUGUGUGAGCCGCCCCUCAUCACGCGCCAGGCGGCUGGCCGCGCCCUCGUGGUGGAAGGCCAGGCUGUGAGCCUGCGCUGCAAAGCGGUGGGCGACCCCGAGCCUGUGGUGCACUGGGUGGCCCCCGACGGGCGGCUGCUGGGCAACUCUAGCCGCACUCGAGUUCGGGGGGAUGGGACCCUCGAAGUGACCAUCACCACCCUCCGAGAUAGUGGCAUCUUCACUUGCAUAGCCUCCAAUGCAGCCGGGGAGGCCACGGCCCCCGUGGAGGUGUGCGUGGUGCCUCUGCCGCUCAUGGCGCCGCCCCCUGCUGCGCCACCCCCCCUCAGCGAGCCGGGGUCCUCGGACAUUGCCACGCCGGGGCGGCCGGGGGCCAAUGAGACUGGCAAUGCGGGGGCCGAGCGGAGACUGGUGGCCGCGGAGCUGACCUCCAGCUCAGUGGUCAUUCGCUGGCCCGCCCAGAGGCCUGUCCCCGGCAUCCGCAUGUAUCAGGUGCAGUACAACAGCUCGGCCGAUGACUCGCUGGUCUACAGGAUGAUCCCGUCGAGCAGCAAGACGUUCCUGGUGAACGACCUGGCGGCGGGGCGGGCGUACGACCUGUGCGUGCUGGCCGUGUACGACGACGGCGUGACCGCGCUGACCGCCACGCGCGUCGUGGGCUGCGUGCAGUUCACCACGGCCGGGGAGGUCACUCCGUGCCGUCCGCUGCACGCUCACUUCCUGGGGGGCACCAUGAUCAUCGUCAUCGGCGGCGUCAUCGUGGCCUCGGUGCUCGUCUUCAUCGUCAUCCUCAUGAUCCGCUACAAGGUCUAUGCGGGCGGCGACGCCGGCUCUGGCCACAAGGGGGCGCCGCCGCGCGUCAGCCACGUGUGCUCGCAGACCAAUGGUGGCGCCGCGGGCUCCGGCUCGGCCCCGCCCCCGCCCACCGCUCUGGACCAAUACGAGGCUCUGCACGAGCUGGCGCCCGCGCCGUCGGGGCCAGACAAGGAGAAAGUCAAGGUCGAGGCGGAGGGGGCGGCGGCGGCGCCGCCCCCGGCGGUGGAGGCGGAGCGGCUCCUGGCCCGGUCGCUGGGCGGCGGCGGCUCCUCUGCGUCGCUCUGCCUGCUGCCCUCGGGGCCCGAGGCGGGGGCGGCCGGGCCGGAGGAGGACGGGCGGCCGCUGCUGGGACCCGCGGGCCCGCGGCGGAGCCGCUCGGGGGCUCCCCUGGGCACCUCGGCGCCGGCCUCAGCCCCCGCGCUUCCCCCGGGCCGGACCCCCCGGCAGCGCUACUCUUUCGACGGGGACUAUGGCGCACUCUUCCAGAGCCACAGCUACCCGCGCCGGGCCAAGCGGACAAAGCGCCACCGCUCCACGCCCCACCUGCUGGACGAGGACGGGGCCUUGGGUGGCCUGAGCCCCGCGCGGGCCCGCCUCGCCUUCACCAGCACCGAGUGGAUGCUGGAGAGCACCGUGUGAGCGGCAGCCCCGGGACCCGGGCCCGGCCUGGGGCGCCUCCCACUCCCCAGCCGCGGGGGUGCGUGCCCUGCUCUCCACCCGAGGCGCGACGCCCGGGGCUUCCGGGGGGCACUUCCGUCAUCUGGACGCCUGGGACUGAGGGGAGAAGGGGGGCAGGCUGGGGGGAGGGGGGGGCCAAAGGGAAGCCCCGUUCCUUCCCGGCCCCGCCCACGCGCGGGGGAGGGGCUGGGCUGGAGGGGGAGGGGAGUAGCAUGGACGCGUCGGGUCUCCUCUCUUCCCCUUUCUACCCCACCCCGGGUUCUUCACGCGCGCUCCGGGACCUCGCGGGAGCCGGUGCCUUACACAGCGGAGCGCGGGGCGGACACUUAGCAGCACUGAGACACGACACUCCCCACCGGGGACUGGUGGAUGCAGCCCCGGGAGGCCCUCCGGGGAGGAGGCGCCCACCGGGGCAGGGGAAGGGGGGGUUGUUGGGAGGGGGAGGGGGGCCUAUUUAUUGUAUCUGGCUGGACUAGAUCUUGUUCUGUCGCGUGUUUCCCCGAAUCAUGACCCCCGUAAUCAUCCCCCCUCCUCCCACUGCCACUUUCUCGCUCUGCCCCCACGGACCCUCCCUCAGCCCCUCCCUGACUCCAAGGAUCACAGUGUUAGAGCUGGAAGGGGCUUAGACACCCUAGUCUGCUCCCUGCUCCAUUGUACAUGCGGGGAAACUCGCCCAGAGGGGAAUGGGGUUUGCCGAGGACACACAGCCAGUUAGUGGCACAGCCGGGCUAGAAUCGGGGUCUCCCGAUGGCCAGUCUGUGGCCCUGAUCGAUGCACCACACUGCCUCCUCUUCCCCCCCCCCCAUCUUUCCCUAUCACUUCCAUCACCUUCAUCUCUUUGCCCCCUGCCCCCAAUCAUACCCAUCUCUCUGACCUCCCCAACCUGGCUCUCCCUCCUCAUCUUCAUUCUGGGCUGGUCCUGGCCUUGGACUCAGGGUUUCCCUUUGUAGGCCUGGAACUAGGACCUACCCCAAACCAAACCAAAUCCUCUUCCAUCCACACCCCUCCCCCCAGCCGGGGGCUUCCAGUCGCAGCAGAAUUAAACUUUUCUGUGUCUGAGCCCCCGAGUGAUGUGUGUGUGGAGUGGGCGGGGAAGGGGUUUAGGUUAGAGUUCAGGAAAGGGCAAGAGAUGGUACCCAGAAAGGCAGCAAAUCCAUGGCUGGAGGAGGAUGGGAAAGCCAUCCUAUUUGGGAGGGGAAGAGUGAUGGGGCUGGGGAGGGGGGAGAUGGGAAGAGGAGGUGAGUGGCAGACGGAGUAGAGGGGCCAGCAGUAAGGGAGUACAGAGCUCCUGGUGGCAGUGGCAAGCAAGUGGGGUAGGGUUUGGAGAGCUGGAAGGAUCAGCAAAAAGGCAGAAGACAGAAAUGGUGAGGGGAGGGGGGAGAGGUGUCCUUGGGGACUCAAAACUCCUCCCUACCUGGUCUGGGGAUGCAUAUGUGAGGGCCCAGUUUCCUGGGUUUGCCGGGGGCAGAGCCAGCCCUAUGUCCCCUUGGGGCCAAGCAGGCGGGGGAUGGAGAGAGACGGAAAUAGAAGCAGAGAUGUCUUUGAGAGAAGGGGGGGGAUGGAAAAGACUGCAGACUGCAGAGGGGGGAUGGGAGGCAGGCAGGGAGGUUGAAAACUAAGCAGGGACAGAGACAGUAGAGUGGGGGGGGGGGGGAGAGAGGUAGAGGCGGACCCUGCAGGGGCAGUAGCUUCUCAAUAAAUGUUCUAGUAAUCGAUGGGGAGAGAGACAGGCUAAGAAUGGAGGCAGAAAGAAAAAAGGAAGGAAAUAGAUGCAAAAAAAAAAAAAAAAAAAAAAAAGGAGGAAGACGGCUCAAAGAAAAAGGGAAGCCGGCAGAAACAAAGGUUAUUUUGGCCAAGAUGAAUUCAAAGCAGGCUUUCACUUGACAUAGUAGCUCCUGAUGGGCUCUCCCCAGAGCACCCUUAAUCAUACUUUGGGACGCCCCAAGGUCUCUGCCAACCGGCUUCAGAUCUCUGGAGGCCUCUACUACAAAGAGGAGGUACUCCAUCCCCAAGAGAAGCCCACAGUGGCAGAAAGGGAGGGGGGUUAGAACCCAUCACCUCGAGCUUGGAACAGUCUUGUAAACUGGGCUCUCUUCCAUAAGAGGCAGACGACUUGACUUUAAAAUCAGAGCAUCUUGGCAGGGCUACCAGUUGGGACUUGGAUCAGAAGGGCUCCCCCUUCUGAUAGAGGACAACACUAGCCAAGAGGGGAAUGCUGGGAAAAGUGGAUUUCCAGGAGGCCGGAGGUCAAGGGCCAGCUCUGCCAUCAACAUUGGCUAAUUUCCUUCCCAUUAGCUUCAUCUACCUGGGGAGCUUUUCUCUGGCUCCACAAGGUGACUGGGAGACAGGAGCAAACCUGGAGGAUCCAGAGAAUACUUGACUCCAAUGGCAUAAAUUUGGGGGUGGGGUGGAUUUUUGCAAAACAGAGGGUUUUGAAUGUGUACCGUGUGGAUUAACUCUUCAUACUUUCCCUACAGAAAGUUGGAAUUAAAGUGAAUUUUUGUGUUAACAGCUCACCCUCUCCCCCAAUGACUCUGAAACCAUUAAACCAUCCCCAGAUUCUGGUUCA